UCCAAUGGUGCAGUCCAGUGUACGAACGAGAGAGGGAUCCCUGGAGACGGCCGCCUGCGCGAUCGAGCGCCUGCCGGAGGAGCUCCUCGCGGCGGUGAUUUCCCUCACAUCGCCUCCCGACGCCUGCCGCGCGGCCGCCGUCUCCCGGACCUUCCGCCCCGCGGCGGACUCCGACGCCGUCUGGUCCCGCUUUCUGCCCCGCGACCUCCCGCAGUUCGCCGAUGGUGAGCUCCCCUUCAAGCCGCCAUCCAAGAAGGCGCUCUUCCGAUGCCUCUCCGACCAACCGUCCCUCCUCCCAUGCAAACUCGUGCAAAAGGAACCCGAACUAGCUACAUUCGAGUUGAAAUCCGCCGCCAAGGCAACCUAG